GAGCGCGAAGGUGCACCUCAUCCAGGCUCCACGCCCUCUCGGUCCUCAGAGGGUCUUCCCUAAGGAAGUUUCGAGGGGGAUCCGCGGCGGCGGCUCGAACGUGCCUCUGGGCUGUGAACAUUCUCUGUCGCCUGUCGUGCGGUGCUUUGCGGUUGCCGUCAAGCGCGGCUACGGGCCGCGGGCGGGCCGAGGGGCUGCCAUGGCGGCGGCGGCGGCGGGCGGGCUGCACAGCUCUUGGCCGCUGCUGGGGCCUCUUCUAUGGGGGCUCGCCCUGCUAGGAGCCGGGCCGGUUCCGGCGCGGGCACUGCACAACGUUACGGCCGAGCUCUUCGGGGCCGAGGCUUGGGGCACCCUGGCGGCCUUCGGGGACCUCAACUCAGACAAGCAGACGGAUCUCUUCGUGCUGCGGGAAAGAAAUGAUUUAAUCGUCUUUUUGGCAGACCAGAAUGCACCCUAUUUUAAACCUAAAGUAAAGAUAUCUUUGAAUUAUAGUGCAUUGAUAACAAGUGUGGUCCCUGGGGAUUAUGAUGGCGAUUCACAAAUGGAUGUCCUUCUAACAUAUUUUCCUCAAAAUCAUGCAAGCAGUGAAUUGGGAGCUGUUAUCUUCUGGGGACAGAAUCAAACAUUAGACCCUAACAAUAUGACCAUACUCAAUAGGACUUUUCAAGAUCAACCACUAAUUAUGGACUUCAAUGGGGACCUAAUUCCUGAUGUAUUUGGUGUCACAAAUGAAUCUAGCCAGCCACAGAUACUGCUAGGAGGAAAUUUAUCAUGGCAUCCUGCAUUGUCUACCAAAAGAAAAAUGCGAAUUCCACAUUCUCAUGCGUUUAUUGAUCUGACCGAAGAUUUUACAGCAGAUUUAUUCCUCACUACAUUGUCUGCCUCUAGUACAUUCCAGUUUGAAAUAUGGGAAAAUCUGGAUGGGAACUUCUCUAUCAGUGACACAUUACAAGCACCUCAAAAUAUGCUGGUAGUUGGACAGUCAGCAUUUGCAGACUUUGAUGGAGACGGACACAUGGAUCACUUACUACCAGGCUGUGAAGACAAACUCUGCCAGAAAAGCACCAUCUACUUAGGGAAAUCUGGGUCAAAGAAGUGGGUUCCGGUCCUACAGGAUUUCAGCAAUAAGGGCACAUUGUGGGGUUUUGUGCCAUUUGUGCAUGAAGAAAUGCCAACUGAAAUUCCAAUUCCAAUAACCCUUCAUAUCGGAGACUAUAACAUGGAUGGCUAUCCAGAUGCCCUUGCCAUACUAAAGAAUACAUCUGGAAGCAACCAGCAGGCUUUCUUGCUGGAGAACGUCCCGUGUAAUAACGCAAGCUGUGAGGGUGCCCACCGGAUGUUCAAAGUCUACUGGGACCUGAUGGACUUAAAUCAAAUCAAAGAUGCUGUGCUCACCACUUUCUUUGACAUUUACGAAGAUGGAAUCCUGGACAUUAUAGUACUGAGUAAAGGAUAUACAAAAAAUGAUUUUGCCAUCCAUACACUAAAAAAUAACUUUGAAGCAGACGCCUAUUUUGUUAAAGUCAUUGUUCUUAGUGGUCUCUGUUCUAAUGACUGUCCUCGUAAGAUAACACCCUUCGGAGUGAAUCAGCCUGGCCCUUACAUCAUGUAUACAACUGUUGAUGCAAAUGGGUAUCUGAAAAAUGGCUCAGCUGGACAACUGAGCCAGUCAGCACACUUAGCCCUCCAGCUGCCGUAUAACGUACUUGGUUUAGGUCGAAGUGCAAAUUUUCUUGACCAUCUUUACGUUGGUAUCCCGCGUCCACCUGGAGAGAAAUCUAUAAGAAAACAAGAAUGGACUGCAAUCAUUCCAAAUUCCCAACUCAUUGUCAUUCCAUACCCUCACAGUGUCCCUCGAAGCUGGAGUGCCAAACUCUAUCUCACACCAAGUAACAUUGUUCUGCUCACUGCUAUCGCACUCAUUGGCGUCUGCGUAUUCAUCUUGGCCAUCAUUGGCAUUCUGCAUUGGCAGGAAAAGAAAGCAGAUGAUAGAGAAAAACGACAAGAAGCCCAUCGGUUUCACUUUGAUGCUAUGUGACUUGGCUUUAAUGUACCUGUUGGAACGAACAUUCAUGUGAUUAUUGGAAAUAACCAAGUUCUGAUUGAUCAAAGAAAAUAAGAGAUUUUGGAUAUUAUUUAUAAAUGAUACGUCACUUGAAAAUUAUUGGGAAAGAAUCAAAUAUGGUCUGACAGACUCAAGGUCCUUUUCUAAGCAGUUUGUAAAUGAUGAUUUGGGUUCAUUAUCAGUCAUCCUGUGCAUUUUGUUCCUUUGUGGAUAUGCUGCAUGCACUCUGGUGUCUGUGUAUUUAUAACCUUAAUAGAGUAAUGAUGAUGGAAAAGAUGUGUAAAUAAAACUAUUUAAAUGAGCAGGA